AAAACCAUCUCUUUGAUUUGAAGACGAAAGAAGUCUUAGCUCGCACUCUUUCUUUCUUUCUUUCACUUUUCGUCUUUUCAAUUUUGUCUUCAAGAAACAAAAAUUUAAGAAACUACCCAAUGACCGAAACAUAAGCCAAAACACAAGCAAGCAUUAAACAUGUCAGCUUUGUCUCUCAAAGCGUUGUUUUUCACUCUCAGUGACCAUUUACAGAGCUGACUGUUGCUAUAACCUGAAAGAAAGAAGUGAGAGAGAGAGAGAGAGAAAAUUGUAUAAAACUACCCAAGAAGAAAAAGAAGCUCAUUUGAUAGGGAAAUAAAAGAAAAGAAUAAGUGGGUCUAUUCUGAGUUUUUGAAUUCUUUUUUAUUUGGGAGAGAAAUUAAAGAGUAGUGGGUUUUUGAUUGGUGAAGUUUCGUAUGGCUUUUGCUUCUAUCUUUUGUUGUGGAAAGGGCUCGGAUCGGAAAGAGCGAAGCAAGAAACAGCCAAAGUGGAGGAUCUUCUCCUUGAAGGAACUACAUUCAGCUACAAACAACUUUAAUUAUGAUAACAAACUGGGAGAAGGAGGAUUUGGCAGUGUCUACUGGGGUCAGCUUUGGGAUGGAUCACAAAUUGCUGUUAAAAGGUUGAAGGUCUGGAGUAAUAAAGCAGAUAUGGAAUUUGCCGUUGAGGUUGAGAUCCUAGCACGUGUUCGACACAAGAAUCUGCUAAGCCUUCGUGGAUAUUGUGCUGAAGGACAAGAGCGUCUCAUUGUGUAUGACUAUAUGCCAAAUUUGAGUUUGCUAUCUCAUCUUCAUGGGCAGCACUCAGCAGAAUGUCUUCUUGACUGGAAGAGACGGAUGAAUAUUGCAAUAGGUUCUGCAGAGGGAAUUGUCUACCUUCAUCACCAUGCCACCCCGCAUAUAAUCCAUAGAGACAUCAAAGCUAGCAAUGUGCUGUUAGAUUCAGAUUUCCAGGCUCAAGUUGCUGACUUUGGGUUCGCAAAGCUAAUACCUGAUGGUGCAACACAUGUAACCACAAGAGUUAAAGGUACCCUUGGCUACCUUGCCCCUGAAUAUGCUAUGUUAGGGAAAGCAUCAGAAAGCUGUGAUGUAUACAGCUUUGGCAUUCUCUUGCUAGAGCUAGCCAGUGGAAAGAAGCCCCUUGAGAAGUUGAAUGCAACAAUGAAACGCACAAUUAUUGAUUGGGCUCUGCCUUUGGCGUGUGAGAGGAAAUUCAGUGAACUGGCAGAUCCAAAGCUGAACGGAAAGUUUGAAGAACAAGAGUUGAAAAGAGUUGUUCUUGUAGCUCUCAUGUGUGCCCACAGUCAGCCUGAGAAAAGACCCACAAUGCUUGACGUGGUAGAACUACUCAAAGGAGAAUCCAAGGAUAAGUUUUCUGAACUAGAGAGUGAUGAAUUGUUCAAGGCCCCCCAGCCUGCUGAUUAUAAUGAUGGGGCAUCUGUUGCGGAAGACAGUUCAGACUUCAUCUCAGAGGAGAAGGAUCCAAGACAAGAACUGAAGCAAAUUGAACAGUAAAAUAUCAGCUUAAAAACUAUUGUUUCUGUUUAGUAGAUAUGAAACUCGGUUUGGAAUACUGGGGUUUUUUUACCUGGAAUUCGGGGUGGUGCUAGCAAUACAUUUACAAUUAUUAGAAUUGUCAGGAAUGUUUGGUACUGACUGUUGUGAAAGCAUGUCUUGCGAAUGCUGCAAGAAAUGUGCAUGUGAAUUAUCUUAUCUCUUAUUUCUGCAAUACAUGGAAGUAUUUCAGUUUUCAUGGAUACCUAUGUAUCAUAUUCUGAUGAUUGUGUAUUCUUAAAAGUUUUGGUGUGAGAAGAUCUAUGGAUGUGAAUCUUAAGGUCCA